AGGAGAGAGAGUGAACUCAAAAAGGAGGGGGGUGGUGGACAUCACCCCCCCUCCCCUCCUCCACCACCGGAAAAAAAGACGCGAACGAGAGCUGAGCCGCGGAAAGAAAGCAAGGAAACAGCGGUUAACCCAAAAAAAAUCCGCGAAAGUGUUCAGAGAAGGCUACGAACAUCAACAACAACAACGACGACAAACUCCUUCCUUCUCCGCUCGAAAUGGAAUCGUCGGCCGCGGCGGUUAAACGAAACCAGGCGCUGAGGCUGGUGGACCUUGCCGUGAGCCACCAGCACGCGUGCCAGACCCUCGCCGGCUCAGCUUUCAGCGACUUCGCCGGCUACCCGCAGUCGCAGCCGCUCACUCACCCCUCCGUCGACGGCACAGCGGGGGGGUCCCAGGCGCCGUCGCACGCAUUCGGACCGCCCGGGGGAGCCUCCGGAACCGCCCUUAAAUUAAGCCCCCCUCCCCAUCUGCCGGGACACGCCGAUCUCCUGACGGGGUCCCACCACCACCACCACCACCACGCCACCACCACCACCGCCGCCGCCACCACCGCGGGUGGCUUUAGUGCUUCUGUCGCGGGCGGGGUGGACUAUGGGAGUCCCGUGGGACGUGCGAACUACUCCGGCGGACGAGACUUCAUCAUACGCCAGAACAUCACGGCAGCGGCGGCGGUGGCUGCCACAACAGCGAUGCCCGGCCUCAACGACCCGCUCGGAGACGGCGUGAUCAGCGGAGGAGGAGGAGGGGGAGGAGGAGGAGGAGGAGGAGUUGGUGGCGGUGGCCAAGGGCACAGGGAGCAGGCGCCGCACGGAGGCGGUCACGGACUCAACGGGCAGAUGCGGCUUGCGCUGCCGCUCGACGUUUACGCGCGGCAUCACCACCACCACCAUCACCACCACGCAGAGUACGCAACGCAGCUCGGUCGCCCCACCGACCCCUUCUCGGCUGCGGCGGCCGCGGCAGCCGCGGCUGCGGCGGCUGCCGCGGCCGCAGCGGCCGCGGGAUCGUCGCUCCACGGAUUCAGUUCUGGCGCCUUCUUCCGCUACAUGCGUCAGUCCGUGAAGCAAGAGCUGCUGUGCCGCUGGGCAGAGAGGGGUUCUGUCCCGUCCCUGCAGCAGCAUCAUCACCAUCAGCAGCAGCAUCAGCAGCAGCAGCAGCAGGGAGGAGCGCCCAAAGCUUGCGGGCACACGUUCGCGAGCAUGCACGAGUUGGUGGCGCACGUCACGGGAGAGCACGUGGGUGGGCCCGAGCAGGCCCACCACGUGUGCCACUGGGACGAGUGUCCCCGCGAGGGGAAGCCCUUCAAGGCCAAGUACAAGCUGGUGAACCACAUCAGGGUGCACACGGGCGAGAAGCCCUUCCCGUGCCCCUUCCCCGCCUGCGGCAAGGUGUUCGCUCGCUCCGAGAACCUCAAGAUACACAAGAGGACGCACACAGGCGAGAAGCCGUUCAAGUGCGAGGUGGAGGGCUGCGACCGCCGCUUCGCCAACAGCAGCGACCGCAAGAAGCACAUGCACGUGCACACGUCGGACAAGCCCUACCUGUGCCGUGUGCGCGGCUGCGGCAAGUCGUACACGCACCCCAGCUCGCUGCGCAAGCACAUGAAGGUUCACUGCCGGCCCUCGGGACACUGCAGCGACACGGAGCCCUCCAGUCCUCCCAAGGGCACGUCUGGUGGCGGCGGUGGCGAUGGUGGUGGUGGUGGUGGUGGCGGUGGCCGUAACCACCACCACCACCACCAAGACCAUCAGCAGCAGCAGCAGCACUCGCUGCUUGGGCGAGUGCUGCACGCGCACAAGCAGCAGGAGCUGAGUCUCCAGCGCCAGCUGCAUUCGCUGGCGCAACCGCAGCCCCAGCACGCUGCUCGUGCCGCUAACAUGAAUGAGUGGUACGUGUGUCAGAGCGCCGGAGGUGGGGUCGGGUCGCCGUCUCCACGGCAGCCUUCGUCUUCACCGGACCUUCAGUGAAGGCCCCACCCCCCCACGUACUACCAACACAGCCGCCCCUCCCCCCAACCCACACACACACACACCUACACACAC